AUGGCAUCCUGGGCCCUGACCGCGUUGCGGACGCUGCAGGGCUUGGCAGCAGUCACCAACAUCGUUCUCUCUGGGUUGGUGAUCAACUGGUACACGUUGCGGACUUCGAUGGAUGCGCCGUCGUCUUUCAACUUUCUCAUGUUUGCGCCCAUCUUCUCCGUGCUCUCCAUCGCUUACCUGGUCCUGGGGCCUCGAUGCUUACCGGUGCGCUGGACACACCCAUACGCAUUGCUGGGCGCGGAGGCGAUCAACACCAUCUUCUACUUUGCGGGGUUCAUCGCGCUGGCCGUGUUUCUCAACGCACUGCUCUUCUGCAACGGGGCGGUGUGCGCAGUCGGCCGGGCCAUAAGUGUUGUCGCGGCCGCCGAGUUUAUCACCUGGAUGGGCUCGACACUGAUUCGGGCCAAGGAGAUGAUUAUGGCUGGCGAUGGCUUACAGACGGAGACGGACGCAGACUGCAGCCAGGGCGAACAGCAGAUGAGGCAGGUCUGA